AUGCGGUGCGACGGCAACGACCCUUGUGCGAAAUGUCUGUCCACCGACUCUGCCUGCCAAUAUUCAGCGCCAGCGAGCUCAUCGUCCGCGACGAGCGAUACUCUCAGCGCUAGAACUCCAGCCGAAGCGUGCUCAUCCCAGGCAACAGGAGACUUCAACGCUCCUAUCCUGCUUCCCACCACAGUCAAUGUGGCGGGAGAAUUCGCUUCGCAAUACUCCGGCUUGCAACUUGAAGCGUCUUCGACAGGUCCCUCAAAUUGCGAAACAGUCGACCUCGACUCGCUGGACAACGAUGACCGAAAUGUGCUACGUCUCGGACUUUCAAGACCAGCAGCUUCUACACUUGAUAGCAUGAGUUGUGACGUACUUGCAAUGCCCAUUAGUCCCGAUGACGACUUCUUACAGUUCUUCAGUGCCGAGGGCAUGAGAGGGCAAUGGCAGACGACCCCAGUGCAUGUCCCAUUCUGGUUUGGCGAAUCCGACUCUGCUUGGAGUGACGUAUUCCUCGACUCGAACCCAUCUUCCUUGAAUCCCGAAAUGCCGUCUUCGAUGGCAGACCUGACUAGAUCUAUGCAAGAGUAUUUCGAUGCUAAAUCAAGAGCAACUUCGCCGUCGCUCAAAGCCAGCAAUGUUUGGUGUUCCGCGCCGCCAACGCUGAAUAAUCACAACGAAGAUAUCGUCCGAAUUUUAUCGAAUAUCUUCCGCAAGAAUAUACCGCAAACAUUCAACCUCUUCAAGGAAACAACCUCUCGCCGCAAAGGUACAGCUGCAUAUACUCUCGCAAUGGCGGCCGUGGGCGGGCUCUUCUGUGCCGUCUCUGGCAGCUCCGAGGUUUCGAAGUCGAUGUACAACGAUGCUCGGAGGUUAGUGCUGGCCUCGUUCAACAGGAGAAACAUUCUUGGUGAUGUGUCCGCGACCUCUGAAGACAAGCUCAUGACGGUGAAGACUUUUGUGCUCCUUGCUCUCUAUGGACUUUGCAGUGGUGACAAAAGGAGUUACGAAUUUACCGAGGCUUUCCACGCCCACCUAAUCGAUUCGGCACAAGAGUUCAAUCGACAGUGCAGAGGUGCCACAUUGGAUAACGAAAGACAAGAAGAGAGCACUCGACUGCUGGAGACAUUGUACAUCCUCGACUGUUACCGCGUCAUUAUCAUGCAGUGUCCGCCUUCCUUGGCAUGGCAUCAUCCAGAUUCAGUCACUCAAUUAUCUUCUCCGAUCGAACGGAUAUUCCAGUUGCACCACAUGGAAGCGACAAUUACUAACAACAGCCGCACGACCAUCCAAAGCAAUGGCACGGGAUCUGGUCUUGCGAGUCUGGCUUCUCUAAGCCCAUUUCUAUGGCCCGCAAUAUAUUCCCGUCAAAAUAGGUACGGGGACAAUGAUGUGACGGUCGAAAGUGUUUCUCUGUGGAAAGCAGACUUGGUCGAGCUCGCCUGCGACACCUGGCUUCGAUCCCAGGACGAUGCGACAGCUUCGAACCUAACAGUGUACCACCUAAUGAACAUCAUGCUUCAUGCGAACCUCACUGUCAUACAGAGCUUCGUACAUUCCGCACCCGACUCAGCUGCAAGAGACCCAAAGAAAAGUCUGGCUGCCAUGGAAAUACAUGCGUGGACACGAAGCAGGCAUUAUAAAAUCGCACAUUGGCACGCUGAGCAUAUGAUUGCCGCGGUCGAAGGUGCUUUCACAUCUCCAUUGAGCAGGUCAGAGCAGUCAAACUUGCAGCAAGCACCCAUACGCUCAUCCUCGGGCACUGAGCCACGAUGUCUACAAUUUGAGACGCCUCACGUACCAUACGCGGUAUACUUCGCGACUUUGAUCAUUUGGUGUGGUGCGAUGACUGGUGAAACGACUGUUUCAACCUCGUCCGCCCAGGCUUCAAUCAUAAGAGGCGAACGAAUCCUGUCACUACACAAAGUGCACAUUGCUCAACUACUAGCCCGUGUCUUGAGCGAGGUAAAAUAG